GUUUAUAAAGCCGGUUUCCGCGUGCGGGUCUGUCGGUGCCGUUACCGCUCUCUCAGUCUGUCAGUCUGUCAGUGUCUCUCUGUCUGUAAGCCGGUCGGGGGUCGCCGGUUGCCGCGCCGCGGUCACGCGCCUGUGAGACUCAGCAGCAGCAGCGAGGAGCCGAUGGUGCCGGAGAGCUCGAGCACGCACGCGCUGUCCAGUCGCCGCGGAGCUGAAAAGCGCGCGCCGUCCAUCCUGCCCCGCGUGACGUAGUGGUGGCAGGUGGAACGUUACGUGUGGACUGGAGCUCCGAGGGUUCGCUCUCGGACCUUGCGCUCUUGGGCAACACACGGACCAGUCUGGUGCGUGGGCUUGCUGCACCGCUCGAGGACCUGGACCGUUUCUUUGAGGUAAAUGUUGACGACUCCACCAACAUGUUACCCAAAUCCAGACGUGCGCUCACCAUUCAGGAGAUCGCAGCACUCGCCAGAUCUUCACUUCACGGUAUCUCUCAGGUGGUGAAGGAUCAUGUGACGAAGCCCACGGCGAUGGCUCAGGGUCGAGUCGCCCACCUGAUUGAGUGGAAGGGCUGGUGCAAACCCACCGACACUCCAAAUGCACUAGAGUCUGACUUCAAUUCCUACUCAGACCUGUCCGAGGGCGAGCAGGAAGCCCGCUUCGCUGCAGGUGUUGCUGAACAGUUUGCGAUUGCCGAGGCGAAGCUUCGUGCCUGGUCUUCAGUAGACGGAGACGAGUCCAACGAUGAUUCCUACGAUGAAGACUUCUUACCUGCUAACGAGCCCACCACCCAGAGUACAGAUCUGUCGUCGUACCCUCACUACCUGCGGGACCUCUUACACACACAGGUGUGCCAGGCCCACCUGCGGAGAAGAGGUGCCUGUGAGGCGGAGAGCGGCGUGGCCUUUGACCUGUCUCCUCCCGUGGGCUCGCCGGCCUCUCCGUCCGACACGCUCUGCUCCAGCCUGUGCAGCCUGGACGAGAGACACCCGCUUCUGCGGGACCUCGGCCACCGCGGGGGCACCGCCUCCGAUCACCACCGCGGCGACGCCGCCUCCGACCUCGCCGCCAAGCUCCUGGGGGCGCUGCACGGGGGAGACGACCCUCUGCUGGCCCGCCUCCAACGAGCCGGACUCAGACGCGGCGGGCACUCGCCCUGCUGCCCGUUCGAGGACGAGGAUGCGCUGUGUAAGGACUGCGGGGGCGGAGUCUACCACUCGCGGAGGAAGGUGUCGGACGUGGCCUCGUCCGGCAUCGUGUCGCUGGAUGAGGAGGACGAGGAAGAAGAAGAGGAUGAUGAUGAAGAAGAAAGAGAGCAGUGACUGUUGAGCAGUGUCGUUACUCCUGUUCUGCUGUUCUUUUAUUCGGAAUGAAUGACUCAGCAUGUUUACGUCAGGCUCCUCCCCUCUCAUUUUGCAUUCGGCUCCGCCUCCUCUGGCCUGUUUUUAUGUUUUUAUUCUGAAACGUUUGUUGUUUUGUUUGUGCAGGGGAGGGAUGAUGAGCCGGCACGCCUGGCUAGGAAAAAACUAAGAAAAACGACAAUGAUGAAUGGCCAAGAAAGGAAUUGGGAGCCAUGCUUCCAAGAAUAUUACGUUUAAAGAACAGACAGACGCUGAAGAACUGAGAAAAACAGAGGAAGGCAAGCGAGGCUGAACUGAAACAAAUAAAAAACUAAUGCAUGUGUCUGGACGGCGUUCAGACGCUCGGUUUUGGACUGUCCAGUUGUCCAGUUUAGCACGGUUUGUGAAGUUCCUGUUCUGCCCUUUACCCCGGGAAUCUCGGGCCCCAACGCACUAUGGGUCCUGGUUAUCCCGUCCAACCCUACCCCCACUGCGUUUGCAAGAAACAGUUGCAUCCUUUGGGCAUGGCUGCUUGCUGAGUAAAACUCGAAAACUAGAAAAAAAAAAAUCUGCCAAAUGAAACUAUCCUUAGCCUGUCACAAUCAGCUCUGAGAAAAAUGCUGGAAUGUUGAAUAUUUGUACAGUGACGGGAACAUGUAUUUCAAAACAAAGCGAUCUAUCAUAAAAAGAGAUCUAUUUAGAUUGUUUUUGGGGGCUGAACUAGUUUUUUAACCAUUAUUAUUAUUAUUAUUAUUAUUAUUAUUAUUAUUAUUAUUGCAUUCAUAGGAUUGGCUAGGAUGUCAGUAUUUGACUUUUUAUUUUAUUUGAACAGUUUGAAAAAUGACUAUGAUUCGUCUUUUCUCUUAGUUUACAUUGAGAGAAAAACAAGCAAAAAAUAAUUAAAAAUACUAAGAGUUUAAAAUGUUGAGGAUUUUGGUUUUAAGUGAGAUUGCUAACAGAAAAAGUCUAAGGUCUGUUAGCGUUAGUUAACGUUAGCCUAGCAUCUCUCAGUGCAAACUAAAGAAGUGGCUUGGUUGCGGCUGAUUGGCUGCAUCUGCGGUCAGCAGCCGUUUGUGUUCAUUUGAUUUUUCGCCAAACUGUUCCUUUAAAAGAAACCAUAACAGAGUGGCGAGACUUUUUAAAAAGGCUGACCACAUACGGGCUGAUUUAAGGCACAGUCAUAAGCAUUGAAUAAUGCAUUUAUAAAGCUUUACAUGACUAUUUAUGAAUGGCUUAUGCCAGUACUCCCAAUGUAACUUUUGUAAUUUUACAAGACAUUUUAUGAUAUGACUAAAUGCAUACAUGUCAAAUAUCUUGCAAUGAUAUAUAAUGAUAUAGAGGCAUUAAAAGCCUCUAUAUAAUAUAACAUAACAUGUCUGUUGAAUUCUGCUUAAGGACUGGAAUGUGUUACUACUUUAGUUUAAGGGCAUCAAAACCUUUUUUUUUUAAACUGAGAUAUAUAUUAUUGGUAUAGAUAAUAAAUAGACAUAUGUCUUAUAAACUCCUUAUUACAGUGUUAUAAAUGAAGCAGAGGUCACUCCAUCACUCCUCCUUUAUGAACUGUUCUGCUGACGAGGCUGAUUAAAACCAAGACUGUAUUGAUAUAUGUAAAGUAUUGCUUUAAUAAGACAGUACAUUAUUCAAUGUUUAUGAAUGUCCUAUGGAGUCCGUAUGAAUGCAGCCUUCAAAUAAAGUGUUACUGGCUUUACUGAGGGUCAGAAGGGUUCAUAAGGCUACCAGACAAAAAAACAUAACCUUGUUUUGACAGCUAAACCCAACAACCCUAUCAAAGCAUAAUCCAACAAGUUUCACUUGCUGAGGGGAAAUGCUGCUAUUAAAAGUUGUUUAGUUCUAUGGGCCCUAUUAUACACCCUGCGCAGAGUGCGUCAUGAUGCUCAUUGCUAUCUUACACCAUGUCAACAGUCUAUUUUUACGCCUUCUGCCUGCGUCAUUUAAAUAGCAACGGUGCUUCUGGAUAUAUCUACCCUGGUAGGUGUGGUGGACUUGUUCAGGCUAAAGAAAAUGCAGGAGCUCCACUGACUGAAUACAACCUAGACAGACGCCAACAGUCAGACGUUCAUUGUGCUGCGCCAUGAAAAUAGCAAUCCUCCAAAGACAGAGCACACCUGGCUCUUAAAUACAAAUGCAAGCAACAUGCUGAUUGGUUUUCUGCAUGUUAUGCCCAAAACACCAAUUAUUAACUAAGAUAAUUAGUAUAUCCCCUUUUUUCACGUAUUUCAACACGCGCAAGGCAUAACUUUCCCGUGGUUCUGAUAGCAAAGACACACCAAUAUGCCCUAAAUCAAGCUGCACAGUGCACGGUUGACGACUCGCCUAUAGAUCGCUAAACUAAAGACCUAUGCCUGGCUUGUGUACCCUUUAUGAACGCUGCCCUUCGGUACAGUGUUCCCGAACGUUUUUUGGAGGUUGUGUAAAAAGUCCAGUCCAGAAGAGAAGUGUUGUAAUUGGCCGAGCUGUGGCUUGUGUCGAGGUCAUUUCGGGGGGUUUUUGCAGGAGAGUUCGGUCUAUUUUUGUAUGUGCAAGUCUUUUUCCGGACUAUGUGGGUCACUCUUAUGUCCGUGGCGUUUGGGAAAGACGCUUAACGACAGCUUUCUUCUCUCUUUCUAUCUGUUUCCCUCUCUCUGUCUCUCUUUUAUCCUUUCUUUAUUUCUCUCUCUCUCUCUGUCUCUCUUUUUCAGAGCUAUCACUGUGUGAUAUUGUCUAUACAAAGAACGUGAGUGUGCAGAAAGCUGGUGUUGUUUUUAUUUAUUUAUUUAUUAAUUUAUUUAUCUUUCGGUUUCUUCGCUCGCGUCCGCGGCCUUUUCUUCGGAUCCACUUUUCCAAACGUCUCAUUUUUCUCUUUAUUCUCUGGAAAUGUCAAGUACUCUCUCUCCCUCUUUCUCUCUCUCUCUCUUUUCAACAGCUAAUUCCGUUCGCUGACUUUCAUGUCGUAGUUGCCAUGGUUAUCCGUGGCUCCCUCGGACUAAAUCACGAGGGCCCUUGAGCCCUUCAGCUGCCCACUUGAGAAGCUCUGAUUGGCUCCUAGGCUGUACGAAACCCCGCCCACACGCCAUGACAGAAAUUAGCCCACUGUCCACUUAAGGGCCUGUUGUGUGUGUGUCUCUGUGUGUGUGUGUGUGUGUGUGUGUGUGUGUGUGUAUGUGUGAGUUUGUGUGUAAUGACAUAUAGAAGACAUACAGUACCAACCUGUGUGUAUAUAUGUGUUUGUGUGAGUCUACUGUAAGACUGUGUAAAGAGGUAAUCCAGUGUAGGUUAGAAUGUUAGUAUUGGAACAAGUGUGCAAUGGAGAUUAUCACUUUUUAUUUGGAUGGUCCAUUGUAGACGCCUCAAAGAUGCUCAACUGACAUUCAACUGCAUGUCUAUUAAAUGCAACUGAGCUCUAAGGUAAAAGUAAGUAAAUGAAUGUCUGUUGAAUGUAACCCUGCACCCAACUCUAACCCAAACUCUAAUUGCAACAUUUUAGGAUUGGUUUUAGGGUUAGAUACAAGUUUUACAGUUAGGGUUGGGUUUUGGAGUUGAUUAAUGGUUUAUUGAGUUUAGGCUUAGGAUUUGGUGUAGGUUCUAUAGAGAAUCAUUUACACUCAACUUAAGGUUAAGUUGCAUUUAUUAGACAUGUCAGGUGAGCAUCUAUGAGGCAUCUACGUACAAUGGACCAUCCAAGUGUUACCCAAUGGAGUGUGUGUGGAAGUGUUUUCUGGGUGUCUCAGGGGAAUUCUCAGAAUUCUGUGCCUUUUCACUAAAUGUAUAUGGUUCCAUGACUUUAUCGCUAACAGGAGAUCACCAAACAUGCAAUACAUAUAUUGCCAAAAGUAUUCACUUACUCAUCCAAAAUCAGAACUCAAGUUCCAAUCACUUCCAUGACCACAGGUAUAUAAUAAAAGCAGCAGCUAGUCAUGCUGGGACUGCUUCUACAAACAUUAGUGAAAGAAUGGGUCUCUUUCUCUCAGGAGUUCAGUGAACUCCAGCUUGGUAACAAGUCCAGUCGUGAAAUUUCCUCACUACUCACUACUAAAUAUUCCACAGCCAACUGUCAGUGAUAUUAUUAUAACACAGUGGAAGAGACUGGGAACGACAGCGACUCUGUGCUCUGUCAGUGGAAAAUAACAGAGCGGGGUCAGCGGAUGCUGAGGAGCAUAGUGCACAGAGUUCACAAACUUUCUGCAGCAGAGUCACUACACCAAUCACUACACACCUCCAAACUUCAUGUAGCUUCAAAUUAGAUCAAGAACAGUAGAGCGUAGAGAGACGAAUGAAAUGGAAUGGAAUAGUUUCCAAAGCCAAGCAGCUCCAUCCAAGCCUUACAUCACCAAACACAGCAAUGCAGGUGAGCAGAGACUUUUGGCAAUAUAGUGUAACCUAAUGUAGAUUCCAUUGGACAUACUCGUCAGUGUAGAAACCAAUGGAUGUUUGGUUCACUGCUCAUUGGGUUGUUUGUGGAGAUUUAGACUGAAAAACUCUGGACCAUUCUUAACGACCAAAUUUAAUCUCAACCUAGAACCAAAAUGAUCAUCCUGGUCUUAAUCCAAACCUGACACUGUUGAUUAUUAGUAGUAUUACCAGACAGACCGUCAGCCACUCUGAUGAACUCCCCUUCUGCAACUGAAGCCCUUGUCAGUGGGGGUCUUCGCAAUGAAUAGGUGACAUUUCAUAUUUGUGGGACAGAGUGACUCCAGGGUGACCUUUUCCUUUUCUUCAUCUGACACAGCGUUCUAGCAGAACACACUCUCACCUUUCUCUCUUUUCUCUCUCUCUCUCUCUCUCUCUCAUUGUCUUUUUUAUUGUCUUUGUACUUCUGACAAGCCAUCAAACCUUCUCUCUCUCUCUCUUUCUCUCUUUCUUUCUCUCUCUCUCUCUCUCUCUCUCUCUCAUUCUCUCUCUCUCCCUUUCUACAGGGGAGAGUUAUGUAAGGAGUUGAGUGUUACCUUUGCUGACAGGCAAUUAACCAACGAUUAUGAAAUCGGCCUACGAACUCCAACACGUCUAGCUCUGUUUCCCUCUCUCUCAUUUUACCUUUCCCCUUCAAUGUCUCUGUGUCCUCCUUCCUCUCUCUCCUCUCUUGUCCUCUUUCCCUUUUCACACUCCAUUCUCUCCUUUGUUCUGCUCUUUCUCUCAUUCACUCUUUCUCCUUUUCUUGUUCUUCUUUUAUUACCUUUCCCUUGCAAUCUCUCUCUCUUUUCUCUUUCUUUCUCUGCUCUCCCUCACUCUCUCCCUCUGGCUAAUCAUGUAUCGUUUUUUUGAGGUUAACGGCUCUAGAAAGCUAUUUAAGUUUUGGAGGGCGGGGCUUUGCGAGUCUUUGAGCUCUCUGAUUGGCUGGCUCUCUUGUCAAUGGACACCUGUGCUGUUUGAAGCGUCACGAGUGUUCAGCGUCUCCCAGUGGCCCCGUUUUACGGGCAGGGACGACAUUGAGAGUGAGCGUGUGUCUGUGUGCGUGUGCGUGUGUGUGUGUGUGUGUGUGUAAAAGAGAGAUAGAGAGAUGGUGGGUUGUUUCCUUGAAUAGACUGACAGUUGCCCUUCAUUUCUCAAAAUGUCCAAACAAGGGUCUGAGAGAGAGAGAAAGAAAGUAAGAGAGAGAAUGAGAGAGAGAGAGUAAGAGAGAGAAUGAGAGAGAGAGAAAGACAAAGUAAGGGAGAGUAAGAAAGGGAGAGAGUAAGAGUAAUAAUCCAUAAAUAGAGCUGGGAGACUGUAGAUGGUGUGUUAAACACACAUUAGUCUCACCCGUUCACACACUCUUAAUUAAGACUUCCUAUGAUCUCUCCAAGGUUUCAGCUAUGAAAUGAUACACGUCUAACACACACACACACACACACACACACACACACACAGGUUAAUUAGGCCAUCCUGGUCUCUUGGUCCCUUGGUAAUGUUCAGACAGACAGUGACUCUGAGGCGGCCGGAUGUGAACUCUCUGGGUUUCUUGGUUUUCUAUCUUCCUGAUUUUCUCUUUUUUCAGUGAACUGAAGUAUUUGAAUGCAGCUGUUUUAAAACAUGCGACGUACUUUCUGCAUCUGACCUGUUUUGAAGUUAUCAAUAAAAUGAUCAAUGUUAUUUUCAA